AUGGCGCUGACCCAUCGAGAUGGGGCGCACUUCUUGUUUAGUCUGGUGCCAGGAGCGCUGCUCUGUGUGUGGCUUCGUCAGUUUGGUGUUGGAGCGGCUGACGACGAGAUGAAGCAUAUCAAUUACACGUUUCCUGAGGACUUCCUUUGGGGUGCAGCAACGUCGGCUUAUCAAAUCGAAGGAGCAGCAUUAGAAGAUGGAAAAGGCCCAUCAAUCUGGGAUAUAUUCACGCGUGAGCCCGAUCGGAUCAGCAACAACCAGACGGCCGACGAAUCUGCUGACAGCUACCAUAAAUAUCUGGAAGAUGUGGCCGCAUUGCGGGAUUUGGGGGUAAAAACGUAUCGCUUCUCAAUUUCCUGGCCUCGAGUUAUCCCCGCUGGGAUCGGGGAUACAAACCAGGACGGCAUCGAUUAUUAUCAUAAUUUGAUUGAUGCGCUGCUUGAUGCGGAUAUUAAACCGAUGGUGACUUUAUACCACUGGGAUUUGCCACAAGCCCUGCAGGAUCGGGGCGGAUGGCUGAACCCGGAAAUCGUCGAUUGGUUCGAAGAAUAUGCUAGGUUGUGCUUUGAGGAAUAUGGGGAGAAGGUGCCAUACUGGAUUACAUUGAAUGAACCAAGAGCCCAGGCGGCUUUUGGUUAUCUGGCAACGCACCAUAUGAUGUUGGGACACGCAAGGGUAUACCAUCUCUACGAUGACGAAUUCAGAAGUGAAUACAACGGCCAAGUCGGGAUCGCCAACGCUGUAGCUUGGACGGAACCGGAAGAUCCGGAUUCAGAGGAGGACCAGGAGGCGGCCAGACUUUAUAGAGAUAUCCAAUUCGGGCUCUACACCCAACCACUGAUUACGGGCGACUACCCAGAAAGAGCUAAAGAAAAAUUGGCAGAGUUGAGCACUGAAACUGGACGAGUAACGAGUGUGCUGCCGGAAUUUACGACGGCAGAGAAAAGGAGCUUGAGAGGUUCCAUCGACUUCUUUGGUGUCAACCACUACUUCACCUACGAAGCCAGAGCUCUAGAUGAAGAGGAAAUGGAUGAGAAUAACACCCUUACCCAUCUUGGCUUGUCUAUUGCCCCUAGUGAUGAUUGGAAGAGAAUGCAUCCAGAUGCGAAAUGGUUCAUUCUUCGCCCCGCCGGCUUCUUCCAGGCCCUCAUGCAUCUUGAUCGACGUCUUGGAGGCUUACCAAUUAUUGUGACCGAAAAUGGUUGUAUGGAUAGCCCCGGGGAAGGGCGCAAUGAUGUAAGCCGAGUCCAUUAUCUAAAUGCUUACAUCUCGGCUAUGGCGUUAGCUAUGGAAAAAGGAGCAAAUGUAGUUGGCUACACCGUCUGGAGCCUAAUUGAUAAUUUUGAGUGGACGCGUGGCUAUGAUAUGGCUUUUGGAUUGUAUCGGGUUAACUUCAAUUCCGAGGAAAAACGUCGUACACCCAAACUCUCGGCCCGAUGGUAUAAAUCACUUAUUUCACAAAACGAGAUUGAAAUCACCGAAGAGACUGCAGAUGAAGUGAUACUACCUGCUAUCGAAAAGAACGCUAUGUUUGGGACCUCGUCGCGACUUCCCGGUGUCGUGUCCGCAAUUGCGGUCCUGGCCGCGUGCGCCGUUUUCUAUUUCCAAAUU